AGCAGCAUCGAGUUAGUCGCUGCUUGAGCGAUGUACACGCGUGGCACGUGACAUAUCAUAGUGAAUUACGGAGUAAUUGGAACGAUUCUCGAUAAGCGAACCCCGCCGUGUCAGCCCGUGGUUGCUCGCGCAGUGUCUCCGAGCUCUGUUUGCAGAAGAAACAGUGCUCUGUUUCUUCAUCGUAUCGUCUGAUCAGGUGUUUAUUUCACCACGUGACGCAGUAAACAUGGCGUUAUUCCGUGGUUUGCUUGAUAUCUUUGCGAGCGAGGCUAAUAAGGUAGAUGGGAGAACCGGUAUGACCGAGAAGCAAAAGAGACUGGUGCAGAACACAUGGGCGAUCGUACGUAAAGACGAGGUCUCGUCUGGAGUCGCCAUCAUGCUCGCCCUUUUCACGGAAUAUCCGGAGUAUCAAAAACAAUUUAAGUUAUUUAAAGAUGUACCUUUCGACGAGUUGCCGAAAAAUAAGAGAUUUCAAGCUCAUUCUGCCAAUGUUGUGUCAGCGUUGAGCAGUGUAAUUCAUCAAAUACAUGAUCCAGCAUUGAUGGAAGCAACUCUGCUUAGUCUGGCCGAUAGGCACAAAGCACGCGGGCAAACGGAGGAGCAGUUUCAGAAUUUAAAAAAGGUGAUGGCAAAUCUUUUUCCUUCCGUAUUGGGGAGACAAUAUACACCGGAAGUGCAGGAAGCAUGGAGGAAAAUGUUAGACUUGCUCUUCUCGACGCUCUGCCGGGUUUACAAAAAUUAAGAUAUUUAUAUGCAUUUGCAAUUGUUGAAUUAUAUAACUGAUAAAAUAUAAUAAUUAAAUCUCUUAGAAAAACACGAGACAAGAGGUGCGAUAAUACCUCAUGUAAUCAUGUUAAGUAUUGUAUAUAACAAUAACAAAAACUGCGAGAUAUGCAGCUGCGCUCUCUCUUGAAACUGUAUUGACUUGCAUUUUGAGAAACAGUACAAUUAACAGAAAUGAUAUUACACGAUAUAAAAAUAAUAUACGUAUGACAAAACUUCGUACAUGCUAUGUUUCACAAUAAAAUGCAAUUGUAUAA